GCUUCGAAUCCACGAUCGAGCUAUACACUCGGACAGACCGACGGUCCUAUAGCUAUUUCCUACCUCAACACGCGGGAUCUCGUCCCUCUACUUAUCGCUAAUGCUAUCUGCUUCGAAACGCGGUGCGGGCUAUAUUCCAAUGUGUCUUUGGUGCACCCAAAGACGCUUGCGAUGUUGAACUUCGUCACAGAGCUGUGUCACAGGGAUUGGGCACGCCGGCCCGGUACCCGACGGCGCCUAAUCGCCAGCGAUCAACUUUUCCUGCACACCGCGAUGAGCGCACCACCACCCAGCGCCGUCCCCGACCCCGUUGACGUCAAAUCUACCUCCCCCACCCUAGAGGACCUUGACGACUUCCGCCUAUCCUGCCGCUACGGCGACCUCGACGACGUUACCACCUUCCUCGCGCGCUUCCCCACCGCCGCGCGCGCCGCCGACGACGCGGGCAACACUGCCGCGCACAUGGCCGCCGCGAACGGGCACGUAGAGGUCUUGAACGUGCUGAUUGCUGCAGGGGCGGAUCCUGCGGCUGCGAACGCGGCGGGGGCGACGCCGAUGCAUUGGGCGGCGCUGAAUGCGCAACUGGGCGCGGUGGAGGCGCUGUUUAAGGCCGGGGGCGCGAGGUUGAUUGAUGUGAGGGAUGGGUCGGGGCGAUCACCUUUGGGUGUUGCUGAGCAGAGCGGAUGGGACGAGGGGGCAAGGUGGAUGGUCGAGCGGAUGGAUAUCUCGGAUGCGGCGGCGGAAGAGGGGGAGGCGGAGGAAGAUGAGACGGUCAGUGGGCGGGACAUCGACGUGGAGAUACAGGAUGCGGAGGGCGGCGUUGCGCGUAUGGCGACUGGGUCGGGGGCGGGCAAGAAGGAGUCGCCGAUCGACGAGCCGGCCGCGACAGCUGCCUGAGGACGUAGAUCAAAAGUUGCGCCAUGGUGCAGAGGCACCGCGGCCAACAAGGCCAUAGAGACCGCAUCAUUGUAUUUCAUGACCAUUGCUCGCACUGUAUCCUUAUUUCCAUCUCUUCCAUGAUGCAUCGUCCUACUGAUUCCUGCCUCGACUGCGACUACCAUGAACAUAUCGCGCAUCAGUCCACCUUGAAAUUCGAGAGCCAGCCUUGUUAUAUUCAUCUCGACUAUGGAACGCACGUCAAGAUCCUCGACCCUUCGCUGUCGUCCCAGGGAACGGAUGCCAGUGGUGUAUCGACCCUCCUCGACGCACGGAUCUCCCUAAAGCACUAGCGACCGCUUCCCAAAACGCC